AUGUCAUGGGACUCCAAAUCCACAGUGUCUCGCCGGAGACAAAAUAGCAGUGCGGCGGCCGGGCGCUCAAGGGGGCUCUCAAUACACAUGCGCAACGCCAGCAAGGCGACGGCAGCGGCUUCAACACCGGUCAAGGUCGAUCCCAAGUCCGCACACACAUCAGACCCCUUCCUGCAGGAGUUCCUGAACCCGGCGUUCGACCCGGCGGAAUACCUCAACCAGACGCUGCCGCCCCUCCAGGGCUCAUCGUCAUCGCUCAGGUCCUCGUCGACGGCGGGCAAGGGCGCCGCCCCCCUGGCCCAGCUGUCGAGCGAGGCCCAGGAGCUGCUGACGCAGCUCAACGCCCACACCACACGGCUCGCGGCCACGCUCACGCAGCUGACGGACGAUAUCCUCCGCAGCGGCAGCAGGCUGGCGUACGAGGUCGAGCUGCUCCGGGGCGAGACUUUGGGGCUGGCCGAGACGCUCACCGAGGGCCCGCUGAGAGAAGACCUGGAGAGGUUCGUCCCGGCCGGCAUCGAGCAAGCGGCCGCUUCCUCCACCAGGCGGGCGUCCUUUGGGAGCCUGGCGCCCCCGACACCAUUCCCGGAGAAGGACAAGGACUCGCCUCCGCCCGCGACCCCUGCCACAGCGGUGUUGGAAACCAACAAGAAGGCGGCGGCGGCCGAGGCCGCCGAGGACGAGCCGGCGUACAUAUCGCACCUGAGGACGCUAACGCUUGUCCGGUCGCGCCUCGACUCCGUGAUCAAGACGUUCGGGGACGCCAUGGACUUUGUCUUCCCGCCGUCCGAGGUGUCCGUCAGCUCGGGCUUCCUGUCCGUCUCGGCGCCCGACUUCCCGGACAUGCACACGGCGUCCAAGGAGCAGAUCAGCACCGAGGAGAAGGGCCAGAAGACCCUCAGGAGGCUGCGCGACGAGAUCUCGGGCCUGCUGGCCAAGAACAACCCGGACCCGGUCAAGGGGGUCGAGGACGCCACCAAGAGGGUGGAGGAGCUCAAGGAGCUGGUCACGGUGUGGAAGGGCACGGCGGAGGAGAAGGCCCGACAGAGGUUCGUGGAGGGCCUGGCGCGGAUGGUCGAGGACCGGCAUAGGGAGUUGGUGAAGGAGGCGGAGGCGCAAAGGGAGCUGGUCUUGAGGGAGAGCCGAAGCAGGCAGGACGAUAACGGCUCGAGGAGAGAGCAGGGCAGCUCCUCAGAGCCUGGGGCUCCGGAGACUAGAGGGUCUAUGGGCGGCUACGGUUUUAUGACGCAGUGGCAGAAGCUGAGAAACGGGCUUUGA